AGGGCACGAGGCUAAAGCUCGGCUCUGCCCUCCAACAUGCAGGCCUCCGCCGUGCUCCUGUGCCUGCUGCUCGCAGUGGCCGCCCUCAGCUCCCAGGCGUCGGCUCUGCCAGGUACAAGCCAACCUCAGGCCACGUGCUGCUUCAGUGUUGCUCAUAUGAAGAUCCCCCUGAAGCGGCUGACAAGCUUUGAGAGGGUCACCGGCCCAUGUCCCACAGAGGCCGUGAUCUUUCAGACCAAACGUGGCAGGAAGAUCUGUGCUGACCCCAAACAAAAGUGGGUCCAAGAUGCCAUGCGGCACCUGGUCCAAAACACCACUCGCUGAGGCCUGGAAUUCCAUCCACAGCAGACCCAGCCCAAGUGGGACAAAUGCCUGUUACUUCUCCAGCUUCCCAGCCAUACUCCAGUGUGGUUUUCCUGUAACUUUCAAAUCCAGAGCUUGCUGUUUUAUAAUGCAAAAUGUGUUCUGUCUUCAAUAAAGCUUGCAAUUCUGGGCA